GCAUUGAGAUGUAAUUCCUAUCCUCAUAAAUAAUAAAUUGAGUACAGUCUUUAGAUGAAGCUAUUGACUGUGGUAAUUAAUUAUUAUGCCAUUUGAAGAAGGGUUUUUGACAAAUCAAUUUCCGAAGCUACCAGCUGACAUAGUAGUUGAUAUUUACGGAUACCUACCUGGAAAAGAUGUAUUGAAGAGCUUUCUAUAUCUUAAGAGUUCAAACUCCCGGAAAGAAGUAAUUGGUAGAUACUUCCAGGGCCGAAUGGACUUUUGUUUAAGUCCACAUGACUAUUACUGGGAUAGUUACCCUAGCAGGGUAUACUGGUGGCUGAAACAAUCAAGUAAUUGGAACUUUAUAAUUUCAGCCGAAAUUCAAAGUUUUUUAGAUUUGAACCAAGAUAUUAACCCACCAAGAUUAAAGCUACUAGAUGAAACAUCUACAAGUAUUUUGUCAAAUCCCUUUUUCAAGAGAUAUAUCACCCGAUUUUCUAGCAAAGUUGACCAACUUAUUCUCGAAAUGGAUGAGGUAAAUGAAGACUUGGAAGUCAUGGUUAAUAAGGUGGAAAAUGUCUAUGGAGUCAUUUUUGGCAGUUUUAACAAAUGUUUAAGUCAAAUGGAAAAUGGUGUUCUUUUAGAAUGGAAGAAGUUAAGUUUAUUCAGAACCGGAGAGCCAAAGUUGAAGGACUGGUCAAACAUUAAGUUUCCAUCCAGUUUGAAGACAUUCCAGCUUUGUGGAUGUUAUGAAGUAGAUUUUUCAACUUUGAAGAUACCAGACUCAGUUGAGCAUAUAGUCAUCAGCGACCUGGAGGUGUCUAGACCCACUGAUGGUGAUCUUGAUCAUCCAGUUUUGGAGAACUUUCCUCUUGAAAUCAUUCCUUCAGGGUUGAAGACCUUGUCUAUUCAGCGAUUUUGGUUGGAACGAUUCACUUACAUUAUAAGUGUUAAAAAUCUUCCUCAAACCCUAAAGAACUUGGAUCUAUAUCAAGUAGAGGUAGAACUUGGACCAGAAAAUUACAAUUUUGAUUCUACUCGUUUAUGGCCGCCUUUAUUGGAAAAAAUCAAACUUACCAAAUGUUCAAUUAAUGAUAGUAAACUAAUGCAACUUAAUUCAAUGAGUUGGCCAGAAAAACUCCGUGUGCUUGAUUUAAGUGGAAAUGGAUUUUCAUCUUUAAGUUUCUUGAAUUAUAUGCCUCAAAACUUGGAUCAACUUAAUUUGAGUGGUUACAAAUUCCUUGAUUUUGACAUUUUUCGGGAAACUACAGAAACAAUUAAGUUUCCAAAGUAUUUGACAAAACUUAAUAUGGGAAGAUGCAAAAUUAAAUGCUUAAAUGUCAUAGAACUACCACCAUUCUUGAAAACGCUAAGCUUGUAUUACAACGAAAUCAAGGAUCUAAGAGCGUACGAAGCUGAAAAUAUUACCUGGAGCAAAUUAGUUUAUUUGGAAUCUCUUGAUUUAUCACAUAAUCCAAUAUUAUCACUACGAUCCUGGUAUCCUCCAGACAACUUAGCUUUCUUAGAUUUAUCACGUACUUCCUUGACAAUACUUAGGCCUGAUUGUUCAAUUUUUGCGGAAAAUCGGAACAAGAAGUAUUCAAAGUUAAAAUCAAUUACUUUAAGAGGAUCGUUAAUGUAUAUUAAUUAUUUGGUUUGUGUGCCCCCUAAUCUUUCCAAGUUGGAUUUGAGUUUCAAUUAUAUGCUCAACCUGGUUCCUUUGCAUUCAAAGUUCUUCACACCAAACUUAAGAGAACUUUGUUUAUGUAAGACCAAGAUAGAACAUUUGGAGCACCAUGAUUCAAAUUUUAAUGAUAGAAUCAUAUCCGGAUUAAAAUAUUCAAAGAGGCGUAUUCAGCGUUUUGAUAAUAAGAAAACUUAA